ACGACACCGUUCCACAGUGACCAUUUUCUGUUCCCUCUUCUUCCCCUCUAUCUAUCUAUGACAAAACCUUACCCUAUUUCGUUCUUUCAACCAACGAAGCGCUCACUGCACUCACAGUGCCACCUGCACGCAAUCAGCGUUCUUUCAAUCUUCUCUUCAACGAGAAUUAGCACCCUUUGUGUUGCUACUGGUAGUUGUGAAUCUGGAAUAACCACUUUCAACUAUGGCGCUUUUUGGAACUACCCUACCUUUCAAUGGGCUUUGUUCUACUCACAAGGAAUUGAAUUUCAUAAGGGGUUCAUUCAUCAAUAGCUCUCAGAAGCUACAUCAUGUUUGUCUGCCUUCCUUUACUCCAAAUAGAUUAGUUUUUGGUAGAAGUUGUGGAAAAGGAGACCAAUUGUGUCGUUUUACUGAUCAAUGUAUCAAGAAGCAAAUGGGAAGAUUCAGUAGACGACAGGGAGCAAAAAGUGAAGACUCAGAGGGCACAUUGAGUAGUGAUAACGUUGCAGUGGAUGAAACUACUUUAGUGCAGGAGCUAGAGAGUGCCAUUGCUGAAGAGAACUAUGCUAAAGCUGCAGAAAUAAGGGAUAUCCUAAAAAACCUUAAGAAAGACAGAGAGACAACAUUGUUUGGAGCGAACAGCCGGUUUUAUGAGUCAUUCAAGAAUGGUGACCUUGCAGCCAUGCAAGCAAUGUGGGCCAAGAGUGACGAGGUAUGCUGCGUACACCCUGGUAUGAAAGGAAUUUCUGGUUAUGAUGACGUUAUCGAGAGCUGGAAUAUUGUAUGGGCUAACUAUGAAUUUCCACUUGAAAUUAAACUAGAAGACAUUAAGUUUCAUGUUGGAGAGGAUAUGGGGUAUGUUACUUGCAUGGAAUUCGUAAAGACGAAAGGAGGCAGAUGGGGAGGACAAUUUGUAACAAAUGUGUUUGAGAGGAUUGAUGGCCAGUGGUUUAUUUGUGUCCAUCAUGCUUCCCCGGUAGACGUGUGAAUACUGAAUACAUCAAAGUUUUCAAUGUAGUUACAAAGUUUACUUUUA